AUGAUCGACGAGCUGGACAAAGCAGAAAUCUACCUGCACGAGAUGAAGUUGUUGCAAGCUGAUCAGGAAGCUUGUUUGCAGAGUCCGUUCUCCUUCCUGUCAUGGCAAUAUGAGAAUCUGGCUAGCAGUUUCCUCAACCACACCUACGACUCGAAUUCAGCUCGAGCUUCAUCGAUGUCCAGAUUCCAACGAGAAACAUCCGAGACACCAGAACCAGACACUGACCCAGGCUCUACCUCGUCUUCAUCCUACGGACCAUCCUCUGGGCCUACUGAUUCACAUGGCUCCUCACCCAGCUACACCAACUCAUCAUCAACGGUCCUGACCUCAACAGCCCUAUCCCCACGCUCAACACGAGCCUAUCUCUCCUCAAGCUCAGCCCGUCAUCUGCGCUACUACAGCGCAACAUCGCGUUCUUCGAACCCUCUUCUCAACCCAGAGGCAAACUGCGAGCUCUUAGCCUCGCGCUGCCGAGAAUAUCUCGAACACUGCCGCACCGCAGCCCUGGCCUCAAUCACAGACUGCCACAACAUGGUAACAACCCUGGAACUAAGCCGCAUGACCGGCUCCCGCGUAGGAUCCUCCAUCUGGUUCUCCUUUUGGAACUCAAUGUACACGUACGAAACACUUCAAGUGAUUACAAGCUUCGUCAGACAAGCCCAACGCAGAAUCGAUACCCUUUUCCACAAUACCGCAACGCGUCUCCACACGAUGCUAAAUUUAAUUCGAGACUCCGUUCGCUUCGCAGCAACAGAGGCUCAAAUCGUCUGGGAAUUGGAAAUCAUCCAAGAACACGCGUUCUGGGAGCGCGAGCGCCGUCGUCGCAAAGCAUCUCGCAUCAUGGAAAAGAUGCGUGCCCAAAUCCAGAAUGCGACGUACCUGGUGAUCGACGAAACCAAGCUGACGGAUAUGAAGCGUGGGAUUUUCAGUCUGGAUUUAGUCUGCGAUUAUUAUCCGCAUAGUCUGGCGGAUGGACAUACGGCUGUUGUUUUGCCGUUGGAGCAGCCUGAACCUAGGCCUUGGUUUCAGUUUGAUCCGACGUUGGAUCAACGCAGGGCGACUGUUUUUCUGCAUAAUGCGCAGCAUUAUCGCGUUGCGCCGGGGUUUCGGCCGGUUGGGAAUUAUCAACUCGACUUGACGAGGUUGGCUUAG